AUGACUGAAGCUAUUUCCUCUCCCGGGGAGGUUUAAAAAGCUACGGAGGGAUGAAUGGGGUUAGACCUAUCACUGCAUUUCUAGCAGCCAUCCUAUUACAGCACUGAAUAAAAGCAGGAAUGGCAUGUCUAGCCUAGGUUAAUAAACCCCACCGAGUGCAUGCCUUAAAAGCACUACGAAACAGCCUUAAGUCAGCUUGCGAUAACUAAUUUCAAGCAUGGCUGUCUAGUGUGCCUGUCAUUCCUAUUGUCCUUCCAAACUAUUUCAGACAUUUUGAGCAGGGAGUACUAAGCUAUGAGUUAGCAGGGGUUGUGACAUUAAUGGUCCAAAAAGGUUUAAGCACCAGGAGAGAACGAUGACAGCGCUUAACAACUGGUGGCAGUUUGGAGGAUUCCGCUGGAUCUCUGUUUAUUAAUAAUUAGGCUUCUCCUCGGAGGAAGAUGUGACAACUAUUGGAGGUCCUUCCAUCGUCCCACUGCAGCGAGCAAAGCCAACACUGGGCAACCCUCUAAAAUGUUUAUUUGGACCAGUGGCCGGAGUUCUACAUCUUACAGACAUGAUGAGAAAAGAAAUAUUUACCAAAAAAUCAGGGAUCACGAUCUACUGGACAAAAGGAAAACAGUCACAGCCCUAAAAGCCGGAGAAGACCGGGCCAUACUCCUCGGGCUGGCCAUGAUGGUGUGCUCUAUCAUGAUGUACUUCCUCCUGGGAAUCACCCUGCUGCGGUCUUACAUGCAAAGUGUCUGGACAGAAGAGACUCAGUGCUCGCUUCUCAAUGCAUCCAUCACAGAAACCUUCAACUGCUCAUUUAGCUGCGGUCCAGACUGCUGGAAAAUUUCUCAGUACCCCUGCCUCCAGGUGUACGUUAAUCUCACUUCUUCUGGCCAGAAGCUUCUGCUCUAUCACACUGAGGAAACAAUGAAAAUUAAUUCUGAGUGCUCAUACAUACCCAAGUGUGGCAAGAAUUAUGAGGAAUCCAUGUCGCUGGUGAAUGUCGUGAUGGAAAACUUCAGAAAGUACCAACGCUUCUCCUGCUUCUACGACCCUGAAGGUGUUCAGAAAAAUGUGAUAUUAACCAAACUGUACAGCUCCAACGUGCUGUUCCACUCCCUCUUCUGGCCCACCUGCAUGAUGAUUGGCGGAGUCGCCAUCGUCGCGAUGGUAAAGCUGACUCAGUAUCUUUCCCUCCUCUGUGAGAGAAUCCAAAGGAUCAACAGAUAAAAACAAAAACUUCUCUGAGAUUUAAUUACAGCGAAAAUACUGUUUUCUCAUUCUUCACCAAAGAACCUUAAGUUUGUAAUGUGCAAGUCUGUUAUAAGUUCCUUACUAUAUUCUUAUAAGUAGAGCAAUAAUGCAAAAGCUGUUCUAUAUGCAAACAUGAUGUUAUUAUUAUGCAGACAACUGAAAAAAAUACUGUUUUGUGUUGACCGUCUAUAUGAUCUUGUUUUAUGCUGAUACUAGUACUUCUUUCUUUUCUACAGCCAAAAUAGGGCUCAGUGUGACCAUUUGCCAAGCUUAGUCAAUUGACAUUUUCAAUGUGAAGGAUUCUGGGGAAAAUUCGCUCCUGGGACAAAGGGCAGCCAACCACUUGUGCAUCACUCAGGUCUCACGUCUGGCUCAGUCCAUGUGAUGGAUUUGUGACUUUGCUUUUUUAUUAUUGGGGGGGGGGGGAUGAACGGGACAACUGAUGCAUUAAUGGGUUUUUUUUAAUGGUAAGAUGGCACAAAAGGGAUGUAUUUUGAGGCCAGGAUAAGCAUACAGUAUUUUCUGCCUAAGUAGGACUUGGUGAUGCUUUGUGUUUGCUCCCUCAGUUCAGAAGUAAAUUUUGCCCUAUGAUGUUGAAGGUCUUUUGGAAAACACCUUGGAUUUUUAUUUUAUUUAGUGCUAUAAUUUCCUCCUGUCUUAUCAACAUCAUCUUUGUCACUUGCAGAAGCUGUAGCCAAAAAACAAAACCACCUUGUUCCGUUUUCUAUUCUAGUCUGAGCCCUAUUGAUGGAGAAGGGACCAGAACACCUUAUGUAAAGGUUUAUUAUUCAUUUGUCUUGUAUUUGCUACCAUAUCACUGUAAAGAAAAAAAAAAUAACACAAUCAGCUAUUUUUUCAUUUUUUACUUCCAACUAUUUUAGAUUUUUUUACUUGAUAUAUAUACAGAUAUAUAUAUAUAAAGAAAAAGCUAUAUUAUCUCUAGUUGUGUAUUGGAACUUGAUUAUGGGGAUUUUUUUCUUUGUUUUUACCAACUGGAAAGUGAACAGUAUAACUCAUGUAUUUAUAACCUUCAUCCUUGGAUAAUAUCAUAACAUGGAGAAGCAGCACUGUAGGAUCUUAUCCAAUAUUCAUGAUGUUGUUUCAGUCAAAGGUCUCUGUUGCUGUGACAUCGGAAUUGACAAAAAUCUCAUCCAGUUCUAUGGCUCUAUUAACUGAAUUGUUAGAUAAUCAUCAUAAUACAUCUGGAAAUCUCUCCUGACCUUAACUCAGUAUGCAGUGCUGGCUGAUAUGAAUUAUGAUUCAAAAGGCCCAGGUGCAAUGAUCUAUAGGAAAAACUGAGAUUCUAAGAUUUGUCCUCUCUGACAAAUAUUUACCAUGGGGACCUUGCCAGUAUGAUUUCAUGCACAAUAUAGUCACGAUUUCUGCAUAAUUUAUUUUUAUUCCCCUGUAGAAAGCAUUCCUUCUUAUGUUGUGUUUUAAAGACACCUCUCGCAGUUUCCCACUUUGCACUCAGCCUGAAGGACAAACGCAAGGCAGCUCCUGAGAGCACCCUGUGAACUCUCUACCCGAUAGCUCAAAGAAACCAUUUACAGACCUAUUCAAACCCAGAAACUAACUUUUUUUCCCCUCAAAAAGACUGCAAAGCAAGUAUUCUGCUUAGUUCAUCUAUAUAUAAGUACCCUUCCGCAAUGUAGCAUUAAAAAUUUCAAGAUGUUACAAAACUUUACAAGUCAUGCAAGUGUAACGUGAGCUGUAAAAAAAACGAGUUCUCAGCAGUGAAAAUGAACCUGCAAUCUUGUAAUCAGUAGUAUAAUUUUCCUUAGGUAAAUAAAUUCCUGGAGGGUGGGGGUAUAAUCAGGGCUCCAAAAAUAUGUAAUAAAAAUAUUAAAUUAAAUCU